UGAACAGAACAGACAGAUGGCCUCUCGGUGGCCCGGCGUGAGCACGUCCAUGCGCAGGAGAUCUCUCCAGGACCACCAGCAGCUGGAGGAGAGCGAUGAGCUGCAGCCUGCAGCUGGCCAUCUGGAGGCCUCCGGCGGAGCCCUGGGCUCCCUCUGCAGACAGUUCCAAAGGAGGCUGCCCCUGAGAGCAGUCAGCCUCAACCUAGGGGCGGGCCCCACCUGGAAACGCCUGGAAACCCCAGAGCCAGAGCAGCAGGGCCUCCAGGCUGCAGCUCGCUCAGCUAAGAACGCCUUGGGGGCCGUGUCCCAGAGAAUCCAGGAGUCCUGCCAAAGUGGCACCAAGUGGCUGGUGGAAACCCAGGUGAAAGCCAGGAGGAGGAAGAGAGAGACACAGAAGAACGGUAGCCCCCCAGCUCGCAGCCUGAGCCAGAGGAGCACCCGGCUUUCUGGAACCGGCCCUGCCCGCUCAACUCUGGGCCCCUGGGGGUGGGAGCGUCACCGCCGCUCCACCCAGGUGGGCCCACGUGCCCACCCUCUGCGGAGGUCCAGGAGGGAGGCCGCCUUCCGGAGCCCCUACUCCUCUACAGAGCCCCUCUGCUCCCCCAGUGAAUCCGACAGUGACCUGGAGCCUGUGGGGGCAGGAAUCCAGCGCCUCCAGAAGCUGUCCCAGGAGCUGGACGAGGCCAUUGCGGCUGAAGAGAGCGCUGACAUGGCCGUUUCUCUCCUUCGAGACUGAUGGAGUGCUCUCCAGGGAAUGCCCUCCUCCAAGCAUCUUUCCCAGCGUCCUCUUCCUCCUCUCCUCCUCUUCCUCCUCCUACCUGAGUGCGUGUGCAGGUUUGGAGGCGUGUUAAAGAACUGAGACUCCUGGAGAAACCCACAGAACUGACACCCAGCAGAAUGGGCAGCAUGCCAUCUUCCUACCGGCUCAGACCUGAGCUGCUGACCUCACUGACCCACCACCUUCCGGCUCCUCAUUCUGGGGGAAGGCUCUGGUGUCCUCACUCCCCCCUCCCCCCUGAAGCACAAUGAGGGGCAAGAAGAGAGCUCCUCGCAGGAAGUGAGACAUACCUGACCCCCACACCCCCACACGUGGGAUCCAUACCUCUGCACCCUUGAGUUCAUGGAGGAAGCCCCCAGGAGCUGGCAGUGCCCUGGGCCCCUGCUGACAAGACCUGACAAGCAGAGGCCCAGGUGGGGGCUGGUCUGGGGCCCCUGCUCUCCUGCUCGGACCACAUCUGAGCCCAGCAGAGACCGCCUGCCACAGCCCAGGAGGUGACUCACCGCAGACCCGGCUCCUGGGUGUACAGCUCCCAUGCCUGCCCCAAAAGAAGGGAUGGGAGAGAUAUCCAGGCUCUGAGACCGGGGGCCUAUGGGUACCUAUUUAUGUUCUCAGCACCGGGCACUGUGGGUGGCAGCGAGGAGUAGCACAGCCCAGCAAUCUCUGCCCUUUGUAAAUUCUUUAAGAAAUCUGCUUUGUCAUUUUAUUAGAAAGAAAUCAGGGCAUAACUUCCCUCCAUAAUGUUGCUUUUCCAUAAUAAGACUCUGACAGAUUGAGGGAGACUCAGAGGGAAGGCUGGG